CCCAACUCCAGGGCCCCAAAGAGGGAGGGGCUGUGAUCCUGGGUCUGGAAGGGGCUGAGCUGUGAGCUAUAAAGGGGGCAUUUCUUAGCACCGAGGGACUCUAGGCAGUGUGACCUGAGGCCAGACAAGACUACUCCAUGUACCAUCCACAAGAGUUGUACCCCUCUCUGGGGACCAGCUACCGCCUUGGGCCCCCUCAGCCAGGGGCCGAUUCCAGCUUCCCGCCUGCCCUAGCAGAAGGGUACUGCUACCCCGAUCUGAACAGUCCCAAACUGGAUUGCUUCCUCUCCGGGAUUGAGGCUACUCCCCACACUCUGGCCGCUCCCCCACCUCUGCCCCCUCUUCCCCCAGCCCUGGGCACUGAGCCGGCCCCUGCAGCCGCAGAGGCCCUUCAUUCACUCCCUGGAGUCAGCCUGAGCCUGGAGAAUCGGGAACUGUGGAAAGAGUUCAAUUCCGUUGGAACAGAGAUGAUCAUCACCAAAGCUGGGAGGCGCAUGUUCCCUGCUUGCCGAGUAUCAGUCACCGGUCUGGAUCCCGAGGCCCGCUACCUGUUCCUUCUGGAUGUGGUGCCAGUGGACGGAGCUCGCUACCGCUGGCAGGGCCAGCGCUGGGAGCCCAGUGGCAAGGCAGAGCCCCGCCUGCCUGACCGAGUCUACAUUCACCCUGACUCUCCUGCCACUGGUGCUCACUGGAUGCGGCAGCCUGUGUCUUUCCAUCGUGUCAAGCUCACCAACAGCACACUGGACCCCCACGGCCACCUAAUCUUGCACUCCAUGCACAAGUAUCAGCCCCGAGUACACCUGGUGCAAGCCGCCCAGCUUUGCAGCCAACACUGGGGGGGUGUCGCCUCCUUCCGCUUUCCUGAGACCAUGUUCAUCUCCGUGACAGCCUACCAGAACCCACAGAUCACACAACUGAAGAUUGCAGCCAACCCCUUUGCCAAAGGUUUCCGGGAGAAUGGCAGAAACUGUAAGAGGGAGCGAGAUGCCCGUGUGAAGAGGAAACUGCGGGGCCCAGAGCCAGUAGCCACAGAAGCCUAUGGGAGUGGAGAUGCACCAGGUGGUCCCUGUGAUUCCACAUUGGGUGGGGACAUUCGUGAGUCAGAGCCAGAGCAGGCCCCAGAACCCCAGGAAGCUGCUCCUGCCCCAGCUCCUCCAUGUGGUGGCCCCAGUGCUGAGGCCUACCUUCUGCACCCUGCAGCUUUCCAUGGGGCCCCCAGUCACCUUCCAACAAGGAACCCCAGCUUCCCUGAGGCUCCAGACUCUGGACGCUCAGCCCCCUACUCAGCCGCAUUCCUGGACCUGCAUUCUGGCCCAGGAGGCUCAGGAUACCCAGCAGCGGUGCCUCCAGCACCCUUUGCCUCGCACUUCCUCCAAGGGGGCCCCUUCUCCCUGUCCUACCCUGGGCCUGGGGCCUGCCUGGAUGUGGGCUCUAAACCAAUGUUCUGAGCCAUUGUUGGACCCUCUGCUUCCCUGUCCUCCACCACAAAUUUCCACUUCCCUUCCCCCAGGCCUGUACCCCUUACUUCCACUGGCCCCAUCCCCCACACCAAAUGGCUGCGUUGGGCCUCCCCUACCCCACUUCACACUUUGAUUUCACUCCCACCCCGCUCUGGCUUCAAAGCUCAGGCUAAGCUGCUGGGAGUCCAGAUGGGGCCAGCUUCCCCUUCCCGCCUCGCCUCUCGAAUCUCACCUCUGUGUGAAUGGAGGGAGGCUCUACCUGGCCAAAUGGGGCCUCAGAACAGCACUGGCAACUCCUAGGCCUCAUCCUUGGGCUCAGCCAAUCAAACCCCUUACCCCAGUGAGAGCCACACCAGUUUGUUCUCAGGACCAGAGUAUUUUUGUUAAUAAAAUUCAAAAGACAUCAGUGCUCUGGAAACAUUGGGCUAAUGGUGUUUGAUCCUGGGAGGGGGCUGGAUGAGCAAAGGUUUUGUGGGGAGACCCUGGCCAAAUCUAGACUUGUCAUUUCUAUCUGCUUGACGCUGUGCAUGUAAACCCACCUGCUCUGGGCCUGUCUUCAGGAAAAUGGGGAAUCAAUGACCUGACAGGCAUUGUUUUGAGAAUUAAAUAGAGCCACUUCUAAGAACCCAGCCCUCCACUUAGCACUCAAAGCCCUCAAGAGCAGUCACUGUCAGUGAAUGGGGACCAGGACUCUGGGCAAGUUGACUGGCUUGAGCCUCAUCUUCCUGAAGAGAUUAGGCUUCUGGGGCAGUCAAAGCCCUGAUGUCCAUGCCAGGACCCAGG